AAGGCCAAAACCCUAGACCCCCUCUCCCUCCAAACACCACCUAGCUGCCGCCGGCUCCCCGCGUAUGGGUGGAUCGCGGCGCAAAUUGAAGCGCUCCCGCGCCAAGGUCCGCGUGGGGCUCCCCCGCCGGAAACCCAACGAGUUCAAGCCGGCCUUCGAGCUCCCCGAGGCGCUCGCCGCCGCCGCCAGGGGCGGCGCGGGCUGGGACGCCGAGGGCAGCGUGGUGAAGAACUACGCCGCGUUCGGGGUGGUGGCCAACCCGAACCUGCUCGGCGCGCACGCCCGCGGCACGCCGCGGCUCGUCCAGAGCGCGUCGCUGCAAGCGCCCGACGUCGCCGCCGCGCGAGCGCCCGUCCCGGAGUUCGAGCCCAUCGACACCGGCAGCGACCUCGAGAACGACGACCUGAAAUCUGCUCUUGGGAAGAGGAGGAGGGAUGGCAAAUCUGCACCGUUGCAACCACUUACUAAAGUUCAACGUGUUUGCAUUGGCAGAUUAAUAGACAAGUACGGCGAUGACUACAAGGCCAUGUUCAUGGAUACCAAGCUGAACGCGAUGCAGCACUCUGUGGGUACAUUGAAGCAGCUAUGCGAAAGAUACCAUGUUGAUGGCAAGAUCUUUGUCUAUCCACUGUAGUAUUGUGCCGGCACCUUCUUCAGUCUCACAUUGUACUCUGUACCUCCCACUAAUGGAACAAGAACAAUUUUGUCAGUGAAGGUACUUGCGGAUGAUCCUUUGGUGUAACAAUGAGCUUUGCUUCUUGUUGGAAAGCUAGUGUUGUGAGCAGUGCCAUGUGCCCUUGAUUGACCCCAAGAGGAAGUCGCAUUUCAGAACUGAUGUGUACUUGGGCUUUGUAUGUUGUGUUUAAUCGGGUUUCGAGAGCUGUGUUCAUUUCCCAAUA